UUUAUAGAGAAAUUGUAUUUAUAUAAUCAUACAUAAUAAAUCCCCUUUUUUUCUUUUCUUUUCUUUUCUCAUUCUUGUAUUUAAAACGAAUAAACAGAUUAUCAAUAAUGACAGAUGAGGAACAAAUAGAGAUAGAUGGAAAAUCCUCAGUUGAACAUCAAAUAGAGCUUUAUAUACAUGAUCUCUUCAAUAUCUCUAAAAUGACACUUGUCGAAAUUCUAGAGAACCUCGACUACCUUAUGCAGACACGUAUCAAACGACAUCACCAUCAUCUCAACCCAGACCUAAUGGAACGUCUCAUGAAGGCUCUCCUUAUCAAUGCAGGACAUACCACCAUUCACUCUGGCUUUAUCCGAAAGGGGACUACAUUGGGCGCCGAUUUAGCCUUCUUUUUGAUAGGUGACUUUAUGGAACACGUAGUUGAAUUUCGUGAAGCCAUUCAUCGUGUUUCAGCUCACGAACUACGCAAUUGUUUAAAGAUACAUUAUCGUUGUCAAAGUUAUUCAACAGAUAUACAAAAGAGGGCUGCCGUGGUCAUGAUUCGUCUCUUCCAGAUCCUCUUCCCGCAUUUGUAUGGUGGUCAUGAUGAUUGGCGUGAUUUGGUAAGGCGAGGUGAACAAGAGGCUAUGAGGGAGUUACUUGAAGAUGGUGGUAGUCAUUCACAACAGCAGUUAGGUAUGCCUAGAUCAUAUCAUUCAAUUCCAUCUUUAGUCUCCUCCUCUUUAUUACCACCACAGGCUCUUUACUUUGACCGUUCUAUUGAUAAACUCAUUAAAAUGUAUCCACAAAGCGUAAAUUGCGUUGGUUUAGCAAGUGACAAAAUUUCCUUUUUGCAUACAUAUUAUGGUUAUAAUAUGUUACCAUCACCUAUUCAACAAAAUAUGUUGAAGAUGUUAUUUUAUCAAUUGACUGAUUUUAUGAUCUUGAUUUUAAUUAUGGCUGCUGUUAUUGAAGCUGCUCAGAAGGACUUUCAUAGUAUGUCUGUCCUUCUCGCCGUUAUUGUUUUGAAUACCUUGAUUGGGUUUAGUCAAGAAUGGAAAGCAAGUAAGACGCUGAAUACCCUAAUGGAUUUGUCUGUUCCAAAAGCUUGUGUUAUUCGUGAUGGAAAACAAAAGACAAUCUCUUCAGAUGAUCUGGUUCCAGGAGAUAUUGUUAUAAUAGAAGAAGGAGAUGUUGUACCUGCAGAUCUUCGUUUAAUCAAUGUUUCACAGCUUCAUGUCGUUGAAAGUGUCUUGACAGGCGAAAGCUUACCUGUUGAAAAAGAUGUAAAUCCCAUUAAAAUCAAGACAAGAUGCAUCUCUAUUAAUGAAUGUAAAGGAAAUGUAUUCAUGUCAACUACAGUAACUCGUGGACGUGCAGUCGGUAUUGUCGUACGUAUUGGCGAAAAUACAGAGAUUGGUAAAAUUAGUACAGCUAUUCAACAAGGUUUCAAACAUAAAAUGAAAACGCCAAUUCAAAAGAAAUUGGAUAAGCUAGGAAAAUAUUUAGUUUUCCUGGCAAUUGUUUUAUGUAUAUUAGUUGUUAUUAUUGAUGUUAAUCAAAUGCUAAAUGUUGGGUUAAGUUUGGCUGUGUCUGUUAUCCCUGAAGGCCUAGUAGCAGUAACUACCGUCACAAUGGCUAUUGGUGUACGUAGAAUGGCUGAAAAUAAUUGUAUUGUUCGAAAAUUAUCUGCAGUAGAAGCAUUAGGAAGUAUAACAGUUAUUUGUUCUGAUAAGACUGGUACAUUGACUGAAGGGAAAACGGGGACAUACAAGUUAUGGACAGGUGAUGGAUUACACUACCAGUUUACGAACCCUACAUCAUUUAAUGAAGGACAUAUUUUACUCUCUUCUUGCUACCGAGAAGAAGAUGAUUCUAUUAAAUCACAGGCAACUUGUAAAGCUAUCAUGAUAAUUGCUCUCUGUAAUAAUGCUUCACUCAUCUAUGGAGAUCCUACCGAAAUUGCCCUUGUCGCAUGCUCACAAAAGGUAGGGAUAGGGAAGGAUUAUUGGGACCAGCAAGGAUACAGUCGUAUUCAUGAAUAUGCAUUUGAUUCAGAACGUAAACUUAUGAGUGUUGUUUAUUUAAACAAAAAUGAAAUGAUUUUGCUUUGCAAAGGUGCACCUGAAGAACUAGUGAGAAAAUGCUCACACUAUAUUGGACCUCAAGAAGAGUUAUUGAUUUUAAAUGAUGUAUCCUCCAUGAAUACAAGGAUUGCUAAGGAAAGUUCAAGAAUGGCGGGUCAGGGACUACGUGUAUUGGGCCUUGGGUAUAAGAAAUUAACCAUAAAUCCAGAUGGUAGUCAUCCUGAAUACUCUGAGACAGGCUUAACAUUUGUAGGUUUAAUUGGUACCAUUGAUCCACCAAAGAAGGGUGUUCAAGAGACAAUCCAACGAUUCCAGGAGGCAGGAAUAAGAGUUAUGAUGAUUACAGGUGAUCAUAUUAAAACUGCCAUAGCUAUUGCAACUCAACUGGGUAUUUUUCAUCCUGAUCAAUCAAAUAAGAACAUUGCAAUUCUAGGUCAGGAACUCGAUUUUCUUUCAGACGAUGCUAUUUUAGAGCUUGAUCCAUUUCCUUGUGUAUUUGCACGAGUAAGUCCUGACAAUAAAUUAAAAAUAGUAAAGGCCUUACAGCAACGUGGAGAACUAGUAGCUAUGACAGGUGAUGGUGUGAAUGAUGCACCAGCAAUCAAAUGCGCAGAUGUAGGUAUUGCUAUGGGUAAAGUGGGUACAGAUAUCACUAAACAGGCAGCUGAUAUUGUUUUACUCGAUGAUGAUUUUACUACUAUUGUGAGUGCAGUAGAGGAAGGACGUCAUGCAUUCGAUAAUAUACUUAAAUUUAUUAUUUAUCUUUUGAGCUGUAAUGGAGCAGAAAUAUUUCUGAUGUUAAUAUGUGCUAUUGUUAACUUGGAGAUGCCUUUAACAGUUAUGAUGAUCUUGUAUGCCAAUAUUAUAGCAGAUAUUCCACCUGCCAUGGCAUUAGGUGUAGAGCCAAAGGAAGUUGGAUUGAUGAAAAGACAACCAAGAGAUCCAAAUCAACCUAUCUUAACUAAAAUCACUUGGGUCAUGAUAAUUACACAGUCUAUCUUAAUAGCUAUUUUAACUCUUGCUAUUUAUAUUAUUAACUUGAAAUAUUUAAACUAUCCAAUUGAAGAAGCUCAAUCUACAGUAAUAAUUUAUAAAAUUGUUUCACAAAAAUAUUAAAACAAUUAUAAAUGUAUAUAAUAGGCAUUUGCAGCAAUAACCAC